UGAGACAUGACCCCUGCCAUCAGGACUAGAGAGAUGCCAUGCAGAUGAGAAUCGUCCUACAACGUGGAGACACAUAUCUUUUAGAGCCCAUACAGGAGCUAGUUAUAGGAUGGCGUGUCCGCCCUGGAACCUUUCGUGUCGCUCAGCCCUAUGACAGGCCCGCUCCUUCGACAGAGCACAAUCCGAACUCAGUGGACACAGAUCCUAUCGUCUCUUCUACUGAUACACCAGAGCCAUCAGGACCUUUCUCGACGUCAAUUACGUCCCGGCCACACAAAAAGCUGAGGAUCUCGAAGGACGAUGUCAAUGAAACGCAUGUCCCUAAGCAGGACCUUGAGCUAUGGAUUCAGUCAGAGUUUCGCUCUCUCGCAGAACAGGAUCACUAUCGUUCUUUCGUCAGCAGCAUGCGACAUGAUUACUUUUACGGGACAUGCGUUGACGCACCAGUGAACGACACAUUUACACUGGAUCUGGUUCAAUUGCAGCCUACAUUACGAAUGCUCAGAUCUGGAUUCGCCUCUGCAACUGUUACUACGCCUGUUAAGGCGAGAAGGCAUGGCAACGACGAAAGCACGAUCAAGGACGAUGUACCUGUAUUUGACAACGUUCAAUUGGAAGCUGGAUUGCAGCAUCUCGAUCUGAGCGACAUUUACGAGGCAGUGGUAGCGAACAACCAUUCUGAGCCAGCUCUUGUAUCGUUUCCAAUAAAAGGAGAACCGUUAUAUCUCAUCCCUCCACGAUCUGGGUUCGUGGUGUCCGAUCUCGAUAGGAUAGAUGGUUUAAAGAGCCACGGCAGAGAGGAGGGUUUGACGUGGUUGUGAUGGAUCCGCCCUGGCAGAAUGCUUCUGUUGAUCGAAUGGAGCACUACAGGACGCUAGAUCUCUACGAUCUAUUCAGGAUACCCAUUCUAGAUCUGCUUAGGACAGCAGAGGUGCGUGGUCAACCCGGUAUAGUGGCUGUGUGGAUCACAAAUCGAGCCAAAAUUAAGAGAGUGGUCAUCGAAAAGCUGUUUCCAGCAUGGGGACUUGAGUUGG